AUGCGUUAUACGUUCACGCGCCUUCUUUGCUUACUUGUGUUCGUACAAUGGUCGUUUUUAGUAGAAGGGUCUCACUUCAGACAUGCCCUUAUGAGCUUUGCUCCGACUGAUGCUGAUAACAACACGGUAUGGUCCUUAAUUGCACGCUACUGAGCUAAUUUCAGAGAUUUGUUGUCUACCGUUUUUGCAUGUCGUAUAUAAAACCUUGAUGGUAGAAGUUGAAAUUCAAUUUGAUGAACUUGCCUUUAUAUGUGUAAGGCUGGUUUUUUUUCUUCAGUUUGUAAAUGAGACAUUGCAAACGCAGAAUUGCAAAUGAACGUUUUCUCCGAAGCAUUUACAAACUGCUCAGAGCGACUGGCUGUCGCCUUGUUUAGACCUAUUAAGACCUUCAAAUUUAAAGCUCUUGAAACACUUCACCAAACAGUACUGUAAACUUUUGUUUCUCAAGAGACCAAACUAUGCGUCAAGGCACAUUAAAAAGGAAAGCACAUUACAGAAAAGCAUAUUCCUCUUCUCCAUGUGGCGGUAAUAACCUUUCUAGUCAUGGCUCCUCCGUGUUGAAGAAGGCAUGCCUCAGGUCGGAACAUUUAACAAAUCGGAAUCCAUGGCUAGGUUAUCGAUAGACGUGUUUGGACUUUACGUAUCUUGGUAUUGAAGGAAAUUUGCUUCCUGCACUGAUUCAGACUUCAAUGGGCGUAUUUUCCUUUUUUGAUAAAUAUCAGUAGUAUGUUGCACUAUUGCUAUAUUUUGUGAUUUGGUUUUAAUGGCAUACGAAUGCCGGAAAAAGUUAGCAUAUACGUUUGUAUUUUGCUAUCCUCCAGUCUUUUCACGGCUCUCGAUGCGCUUUUUUUUUAUUGAGACGGAUGCUACAUAUUUCUGGACUACCGUGAUCUACUCUCUUGCAGUGAGUCAGUAGACAUUUCUACAUGUAUUUUUAGACUUGUGUUUUGGAAAGAAAAAACCGCUUUUGUACGCCUAUGUUAAUCAAAAUUAUUUUCCUAAUUUUUUGUUUUGUUUUGUUUUUUUUUUGUUAGAGUGUCUGUGCGCAACAAGCCUUAGCAGUAAUUGCUUUAAUUGGUUUUUGUCCAUCUGCCGAAUCACCUCUUUUGAAGAGUGCGGCACAAUUCAGUGACUUGCAAACUUUACAAUCUCUUAGCGAGUAAGGAGCAGCAUGUUAUUGAGAUUUAAACUGUAUAUUUUUCUAUUCCUGCUUUGAUUUUUUUUCACGUUGAAGAGAUACUUGGCCAAGAUGAAAUCGCGUUCGUUCUUCCUUUGACUCAACCAGCUGUGUCCAGUUCUUGGAAAGUCGCGUUCUCACUGGUUGUUCGUUCAUAUUCAUAAGUUUCUCCACACGCUUACGCAAGCGAAUAUCAUCAAGCCAAGAUUUUGCUCAAUUUUCAAAGGCCGUCUGUCAUUGAGCUCGACGGAGUUAAUCCUACUCUUUUUCAUUGCAAUUACUUGAAUUGUGCAAUUUUUUUUUCUUUUUUACUUUUUUAUGCACGAUAUACUCAACCAAGUAAGAAUCACUCUAUAUCUUCCUUGAUACAACCAACUGUGGCCAUUUCUUGGAAAGACUGCGGUUUUUGUAAUUGUUUAUUCAUUUGACGUAUUAGCGUCAUAUUCAUAAUUUACCUCCAGGCGCUUUAAGCUUUCUAAACUACAUCUACCCAAUUUGGUUGACUUUCCAGUUUUUCCGUCUUAGCGGUUGACCUUUUUUUACCAUAGGCAUUGAUUUCAAACUUUCCACGACAAGGACAACUGUGUUUAGUUACUGAAAUGUGUGUAUAUGAAGCACAUUGAAGAACUGUCUUUUGAGAAAAGUUAUGAAACGGAGGAUUAUUUGAAGAAUGAAACCGCCCCCCUCAUCGAAAUGCAUCGGUGGCAAAAAUUCACUGACACUUUCCGUUUUCAGAAAAGAAUAAUCAACGAUUGUUUUUUAGUUAAAACUAUAUACUCGCCUUACAAUAGUUGCACAGCGACUAACGGCUGAAGAAGCCUCCAGGACAUGGAGAAGGAAAUAAAAUGUCUGGUAGACAAGGCUACACAAGGGAAAUCGGUUUUUUAUUUCUAUUUAGGUGUUAGGUUCCACUGAUACCACUGUUUUUUUGGUACCUGACGAUAGGUUCUGACCACCUAACUUGAAAUAUCGCCAGCGUAAAGUGGCUUUUUGUUUAUGUGUGAUAAAUAAUGGUAAUAGGACUGAUUGGAGUCUAAUUCGCUCUUUAAUCACAUGAGCAAUUAACAAAAUCGGGCGACUGCAAAGGGGGAAUCAGAUUUUUAAAUCACCUAACUUUUUUGCAUGAUAUCUUUCUAACUAUUUUCCAGAUACGGUUUACCUUCCGUCUGGCUUUUCGAAGGUCAUUUUCUUCAUAUCAGUGUGAUGAGAACACAACUAAAGUAGGAGGAAUUAUUGGAUCUGGCAAUUAUUGGAGAGCUAAAUGCAGCGAUCCUUUAAAUGCAGUGUGUUGGACCACUAAUAUUGCUGACACUGGCUUUCGCUGUACUGACUUCAGUCGCGAUGAAGACUGGUCCAUGGGGGAAAAUAACUUCACCUACACUUUUCCGUCCGGCAUUCUUGAGUGGAAUGUGAGGUGUGUCAUUAAGAGAAAAAGAAAUACAAGACAACUAAGUUUUUAAGAAUGUCGCAGUUUUAAGGCAGCGGAGAGCUUCGAACAAUUAAGAGUCGUUUGCAAUGACCAAAAUCAUCCCUCAACAUUGGAGUAUCUUUCUGAUACCCUGUGUUUAACGCGGAAAAUGGCUGAAAGCCAUUCCUGAGUUGUUAUAAUGACCCAAAAUUCAUUUCUUCCAUCGAUCACUCGGUCACUCUAUUAAUUACUCUUUAUUCCUUCCAUUCCUAUUAACUUUUUGGUGUGCUGACUAGUGUAUAAGGCUUUCUCAUGUUCAGUUUCGUUGUUGUGGUGGCCUGUCCUCCCAAAUCAAGGUAACUUUCUAGUUUCUGUUUUUUCACAAACCUUUCUUUCACGUCUCGUCGACAGAUACUACAGUUGCUGUUGGAUUUCUAAUCUUGUGCGAUAUGCUAACUCAGCCUGGUUGAUAUCUACCAAUAUAAGUCUUUCUAGAAGAUCUGAUAAUGGUAAAAUCAACUCAGCUCCAGUCUCCAGGAGCCCAGCUAUUGUACGGUUUCAACAGGGUUGUCAAAAGUCUCUUAAAAUCCCAGUUGAAGAUCCAGAUGGCGAUUUUGUGAAAUGCCGUUCGGCAACCGACGCCGAGUCCUCCAUACCAAGAGAUAGCUUCCCUCACGGUGAACUUGAUGAGGUAAAUUUGUAAGCUCUAUUCUUACCAUUUUUCUCAAUCCAUAAGUACAAAACUUAAGCUAAAGAACGCUAAAGAACGCAAUCUCUCGGACUUUCUCUAUAAAUCAACUCGGAUAAAGUUUCUCAGUUGAAAAGUAAAUUUAGUCUUGUUUUGGGAUCAAGUCGGUAAUUCUUAGCAGACCCAUGAGAGCUUUCUGAGUAAAACAACGACCGAGUAAAUGGAGUGAUACUCAGAAACCCAAUAGAAAUUACAACUAAAUUUAAAAAAGAAUAGGGGUAUACAAAAUAGAAGAACCUGUUAUACUUUUUGUACCAAAUUGUACCUCAAUUUUGCCUGAAAACGCAAACUUUAUGUUCAGAGUUAGUGUGAAUAUAUUAGCGGUAGCGAUCCAACGCUUACGUUUCAGUGUUUCUCGGAAUUUGCUUGGUUAGACUGUUAACGAUUUUAUAUAAGGAUUUGAAAUCUAUGUGCAUUUUUAUUGGCUCUCACUCAUGAUCUACUGGAGGUAAGACGCACUGUUCAGUAAUAGAUCAGAGAUUGCGUCAAAAUGUGGUAAGAACAACAUCUAUAUACCUCAAGUAUCUAUUAAAUGGUACUUCCAUACUUUGCUUCGCAGAAAAACUGUGUUUUAACUUACAAAGGUGGAUAUGGAGCAUCGGGCACUUACGCAGUAACCUUAACCUUGGAAGACUUUCCAGCUGGAACCACAAACUUCAAUAACAUUAGACCAUUCAGUGCUGUGCCACUGCAGUUUCUUGCCAUAAUAAGCGUUGGAUCUGGUUCUUGCCAAGACAUACCUGUUUUUACUGCUUCCACACCUAAAAAUGGUGAAUGCUCAGAGAUUCAGAUUGGUUCAGUAUAUAAAGCAGUAAUUGAAGUGCAGCAUCCAAACAUUGCUAAACAGUAAGUAUUUAAGGUUGAAAUUAAGUCCAAGGCAUCUGAGCUUGUCUUUUUCGUUCAUGAACUGUAUGUAACAUAUCCAAAGGAGCGUUACUUGUCAUGUCAUGUUUGCUGUUAACAAAGACUCUUUUCUUUAUAUGCUAAGUAUCGUUGAGAUAACCACAAGCUCUCCAUUUGGAAUGCAAUUUACCUCAUUAAACUUCCACGGAGGCAUUUUCUACAAGAAUGUCAAGUGGUAUCCGAGUAAGAACCAAGUUGGGCAGCAGUUGUUAUGCUUUCAAGCUUUAGAUUCAGACGGGUAAGAUGCUCUUUUAUGUUGUAUAAAAAAACUUGUAGCUUAAAUCAGAAUGUGAUGAACUGCUAAGUAAGACUGACUUAUUUCAAGUUUUCAUCAGAACCAAUGAUCGCUGUCACGACCGAGCAUAACAUUGAUGGUGUUUCAUUGGAAUCCAACUUGUACAUGUCGGGCAGCAUUUUUUAACCCAACAAGCGGAGAUCUAUACUUAUACUAGAAACUCGAGUACUACCUGAAAAACAAUUUGUGUCAGGUUGUCAAACUAGUUUACAGGAGGAUGAGAAAGUUCAUGUUGCAUAAGUUGGUUUGUUUAUAUUUUUGCUUUCAUUUCCAAUUUCCAGAGUUCAAAGCGAAUGGCGUUGUGUCACGAUCCUUGUGGGGCUAAGUAAGUAGAGCGUUUAUAUUUUCAGAAAAAUGGAUAUUUUGAGCUUUUGUUGUCUAAUCUUUUCUUCCAUUAAUGUUUAAUGCUGACGAAGAGUUGCCUUGUCCAAUUUUUUUUUUCAAUACAGAGUAAAAUGAUAGAAAAAAAUUAAAUAAAAUGCAUACCAACUAAGUCCGUCAGCCAUUUACCUGUGAAGUAGCAUGUAUCAUUUCCUCCAUUAUUUAUAUAGGAACUCAAUUAUUUUUAGGUAAUACGCCUCAUGUUAUUUUGGGUACAAGAAGGCCAAUAAGCCCCAUAAGUGAGUUUGGAGCUGGACUAAUAUGGUGGAGUAUUCAUUUUGACAGAGUGGUGAGGAACACUAUAUUCUUUCCUUUAGAAGAGUGACCUGUAUUUAAAUCCUUCAUUGGAAAAUUUAAAGUAAAGGUAUAUUACCUAAAUAUCACACCAGAUUCCCAAUACUAGGAAACCACAAAAAGAUUUACAAUCAUCUUUUGGAAGAACUAGCUUUCAGAUCUUGGGAAUUCAAAAGGUUAGGGAAACAUAUAUAAAAAAAUAAGAAUAUACUUGAAUUUACGAUUAAGGUUUUUUUUUGCAGAUAAAGAAGCCUAGAAGCUCAGCAUUCAUCCGAUUGGUUCUGCAGUCAAAUGGUGUUACCGUCUUCAAAGUGAAUACCCUUUCUGGUUACGUUAUUAUCGACAGUAACCGCACAGUACUGCAUUUUGCCACCCCUAAGGCUGCACUGAGCAUGAACGGUUCAUAUGCCAUCUUGAUAGAUCCUGGUGCAGUAGUUGGGCAGGGCUGCUCGUAUGAUGGUCCACCAACACCUGGUAUAACCUCACCCAUAGACUGGGCCUUCCCCGUAGAUGGUGUCUGCCCUCUUGGUUAUGCUCUGGUUUCUCCAAGUUUUCAAAAGUGUGAGGGUACGUCCGCUGUUGUAGUAUUU